UCAGUCAUCAAGUAAGGCUUCGGUAGGGGCUUCUCCUUUGCUCCCUCCUCAGGACUGUUGUAUGAAAAUGCUGCUUUGGUUGAAGUGGGUACAGGGCCUAGGGGACUUCUCUGUCUACUCUGUGCUUGGGGGCCACCUUUAGGGAAUUUGAGGGUUCAUUGUCUCCCUUCUGGUGGCCAAGUGUGUCCUUGUCAUUUUGUUUUUCCCUGCUUGUCAAAGAAAUAGUACAGAUGUACUGUGUUCACAGACUAUGAAAAGGAUCCUAGUUAAAUUUCCUCUCCUGGUCUAUGAGUCACUAGAGGACUUCCCCAGUGGGGCAGCAUUCCAGGGAGUUGGGCAAGGCCACAAAGCAUGCUUGGAGAGGGGUGGAGUCUUAGCAAGCCAUGCCAAGAGCUCUGUCUCUGGGCUCAAAAGUACCUUGGCUGUCGCCCGCAGGUGAUGGAGGACGAGGAAAAGGCAGUGGAAAGCUUGGUGAGCAGCACGGAAGCUGCCCAUUCUCCAUCCCCCAUGCGCUGCUGCUGGCUCCGCCUCCGCUACUUGGCAGCUGCUAGCAUUGUCUGUGGCUGCUCUUGCCUGGGAGUCAUAGCUCUUGUGUUUGCCAUCAAGGCAGAAGAGCGGCAUAAGGCAGCCCGGUGCGAGGAGGCAGUCUACUGGGGGGCUCGGGCCCGGAGGCUCAUCGUGGCCAGCUUUGUUGUCUGGCUGGCUGUUCUCCUUCUGAGCCCCCUGCUGCUGUGGCUGCUCUCCUAUGCCAUCGCUCAGGCUGAGUGACCCUCAGCAGCCUUUGCUGAGAGUCCACCAAGACUACUUGGAUCCUGUCAUGCUGCCUUGCCAAGGUCCCAGGACAGCAGUGGGCCUUCCUGCCUGAGAAGAUGCAGCCUCACUCACUGGGUUUCCGAAGAGUCACCCCGUCAUUGAUACCAGGAGAGUGGCAGCCACUGAGCUGCCAACCCUGCUCUUCUGGUGCCCACCAUCUUCUAUCUCUCUGACCCUUUUCCAUCCUAGGGACUUUCACCCAGAAAGGGGGUUGAGAACCAGGCCUGGUUUUAUUAGAAUUUGUUUUUAAUAAAAGCCUUUUCUAGUG